CCAGCGCCGAGCGCCCGUCGGGUGUGGUGCCGAAGCAUGGAGAGAGAUGCCAAGCCUCGGGAAGACUUCUGGGACCUUCAUCGAAGGCUCGGUGAGUGUUAUGAGGCCGAUUUGCAGCUCCCUCAGCUCAGCUCAAGCUUGGCUCCCAACCGACUCCGAGAGCGGAGAAUGUCCGAAAGGUUGCGAACUGAAGAAGCUGCUCAUGGACGUGGCCGUACCAACACUCAGGAGCAGGAUGCACGACUGCGGCCUGUGAGUCCUGGCGCCCCUGGAGGGGGCGGCAGCAUCGGAAGUAGUGCACCACCUUCGCCCUUCAAAAAGAAGGUGGCCAGCUUCAACAGCUUGUCGCAGGCGAAUCAACACUCUUCUGCGAGCCAUAACAAUAGCGCCAGUAUGGAGGAUGCUGACUUUGGCCAGUUGCGUCAGCCAACGGUCACGCCUGCACCACCUUUGCCCUUUCCGAAAACAGUGACUCUCUCCAACAACUCUGGCUUAGUCGACCGUCGCAAGAUCUCACGCCACGAAGAGGACUUGCAACCACGCAGGGCCUGGCUGCCGGUGCAAGAGAAAGCCGUGACGGUGCUCAUGCGAAAGGCCUCGGCUGGAGGUCUGUUUGACGCAACGGUGUCCACCAUGGAGAAGCCGGAUUUGACCUUCAUCGAUACGACUCCUCCACGGUACAUCCUGCACCCCUCAGGUUGGGCUCGCACGAUCUGGAACGUGUGCACGGUCAUCGCGCUCGUGUGGGACAUCAUCGUGAUUCCGAUGGAGUUCUUUGACCUUCCACAAUCCACGGCACUGGACAUUCUCACCUGGACGACUAUUGUCUUCUGGAGCCUGGACAUUGGGUUUACCUUUUCCACGGGCAUCUACAAGCAAGGGGUACUCGUCUUGGAGCCUCGAGUCAUAGCCUGCACCUACUUGCGAACUUGGUUUCCACUGGACCUCGUCCUCGUGACCUUCGAUUGGAUGUCCAUCAUUGCAACGAGACUGGUGGAUGAAGAAAGAGCUCAGGACUCGUCUGAUUACCAAUGGACCUAUGCUUUGCGGCUCAUGCGCUUGUCGCGGGUGCUGCGUUUGGGCAAGAUGAGCAGGACGGCGUUGAACGUGAAGGAAGCGAUGCAUAGUUGGGCGAUGAACGUCCAGUACAGCAUUUUCAUGAACAUUUUCUUGCUUCUGCUGAUGAAUCACAUGAUCGCCUGUGGAUGGUGGGCCUUUGGGCAUUUGUGGGGCCAAUCGAUGGGUUGGUCCACGGUGUUCAAUGUGGAGGACCGUGAAUUUCUCUACAGGUACACGACCAGCCUCCAUUGGGCAUUGAGCCAGUUGGGAGUGAGUUCUACUCAGAUCGAGGCCACCAACACGACUGAGCGGAUCUACAGCAUCUUCGUGGCCUUUGUGAGUUUGAUCACCUUUUCGACCAUGGUGAGCUCCAUGACAUCGAUGAUGGGUACCUGGUACAAGGAGAAGGAAGAGGAGAGGAAACAGUUCUCCUCGCUCCAACGUUACUUGCGGCACAACGCGAUCCCACCGGCACUCUCGCAGCGCGUGACGCAUUUCCUGCAGCACGCCGCCUCCGAGCGCAAGGCCAUGGUGUCGGAUUCACAUGUGGAAUUGCUGGACCUCUUGUCCAAGCCUUUGAGGGGCGAGUUGCAGCUGGAGAAGUACCGCGGUAGCAUGGUGCGGAUGGACUUUGUUGCGGCCUUACUACACAGUGACAGUGUGCAGAUCCUGGAUGUGAUGCAACUGCUGGCGACGGGCGCCAUCAGCAAUACCACCUUGGGAACCAAGGAUGUGGUCUUUCGCUUUGGCAUGGAAGCUUUGUCAUGCUAUUUACCCGUCUCCGGGUCUUUAAGUUACUUGCAGGAAAGCCAGGAGCACAUCCCUUGUGUGAAGUGGGCGGCAGAGAUGUGCUUGUGGACUGAAUGGUACUACGUGGGCGAUUUGGUGGCCGACUCCGUCUCCCAACUGUUGGUUCUUGACAUGGAGAGCUUUUGCGAGACCCUCUCAGGCAGCCGCGUCACACAGAAGUUGGGCACCACCUACGCCCGGGAGUAUGUCACUGCCCUACACAUAGAGGAAACUUGGUCGGAUUUGUGGCAUUUGGAUCGACAACCAGAAGUGCAAGACCUCUGGCGCGGUCGAGGUCAGAGUCCAGAGCUCAUCUUCAAUACCUUCCAAAGAGCUCGUACGCCAGGACGUGCCCACAGCAACGGGGGACGCAUGGGAACGCGUUUAGGCACCUUCACACGAGCAAUCGUGCCCAUCGACUAAGUACCUCUUUGAGUUCGGGCGACCUCGAAGUUUGGCGACGUGGCCGACGCGACCGUGGCGUUGGGCGCAACGCUGAGUUGGGACGUCCAGAUUUUCACAUGCCGUGUUUUUGUUUUGGAAACAUGGCAAGAGAGUCUGGAGCCGAAAUGGCUUGUACCGAGUGAAAUGAGACGACUGCACCCUUUUGAGUUUUUCAGAGGCUUCGGCUUCAGGUGUUUAUCGCCGCAGGGCCAUGGGCCUGGAGUUCUUUGGAAGACACCAGACCAGGUCGCUCGAUGAUCGAACCCACUCGCGCGGUUUGUAAACCGUCCCAUGUGGGACAUUGAUGAAUUUGCUCGAAUGGAGUUGGCCGAAUUGGUUACUGACCAUUGACAUUGAC